GCUAAGGCCAACAACCCUCCCGCCCAUGCCCGCCGCAAAGCCGAAAUUACACGCAUGACAAAACAAGGCCUAACGCCCGAGGAGAUCGCUACCGUAAUGGCCAGGCGCAGGAUGGGGUUAACAGGCGGCGUUAAGACAAUAUUGCGGCUGCAAACGCUUUGGAAGCUUCGGGAGGUCCUUAUCGAGGAGCAGCGGAAACAGGCACGUUAUAUGGCGGCCGAACGGGCUAAGGCGCAGCUUGGAGCCGAAAAGGACGACUCGGAAGAUGAUAAGGCACAGCACACGGAAGCAACACACAGGUCCAUAAAGCCUCGACAAGGAGCUUCUGGGCAAGAUCACAACUUGAACGUCGACUUGGACGAAGACUCGGACGGAGACUCGGACGGAGACUCGGACGACGACUAUGCCGACUAG